UCCAAUAAUGGAAGGAGAAGAAAGAAGCCCAUCUCUCCAAUCUCCUCUAAUUCCAACAUCUGAUGAGAUAUUUGAAUCCAACGGUAGAGAAAGCUUAGAAAAAGAUGGCGGUAAAAAAGAGAUAUUUGAAGAGAUAACAAGACAGCUAUGGUUAGCUGGCCCACUUGUAGCAGUUAGCCUUUUGCAGUAUUGUUUGCAAGUGAUCUCAGUCAUGAUGGUGGGCCAUCUUGGAGAAUUGGCCCUCUCUAGUGCUUCCUUAGCUACUUCCUUUGCAACUGUCACUGGUUUCAGCUUGUUGUUGGGAAUGGGAAGUGCAUUGGAUACCUUAUGUGGGCAGGCCUACGGGGCCCAACAGUAUCAUAUGCUCGGUAUACAUAUGCAGAGAGCAAUGUUUGUUCUCCUACUCACAAGUGUCCCGCUCGCUUUCAUCUGGGCCUACUCAGGCCGCAUUCUCAUGGCAUUUGGACAAGACCCACAAAUUUCAAUGGAAGCUGAACUAUACGCCCGUUGGAUGAUCCCAAGCCUCUUUGGCUAUGGCCCACUUCAAUGCCUAGUAAAAUUCCUACAGACCCAAAACAUUGUCUUUCCUAUGAUGGUCAGCUCGGGACUUACGGCGCUGGCCCACAUCCUUGUGUGUUGGAUUCUGGUGUUCAAAUCUGGCCUAGGCAGCAAAGGCGCAGCAUUGGCGAAUUGCAUCUCGUAUUGGAUCAAUGCAUUGCUGUUGGUGGUUUAUGUGAAGUUCUCUCCUACUUGCAAGAAGACAUGGACUGGUUUAUCGAUGGAGGCAUUUCAUGGCGUCCUUGAUUUCUUACGACUCGGCAUUCCUUCAGCUGCGAUGCUCUGCUUGGAAUAUUGGUCAUUUGAGAUGGUUGUUCUUCUCUCUGGUCUUCUUCCUAAUCCAAAGCUAGAAAUGUCGGUGCUAUCGAUCAGCAUUAACACAAUGUGGGUGGUGUACAUGAUCCCCUUUGGUCUGAGUGGCUCUAUAAGUACAAGAGUUUCAAAUGAAUUGGGUGCUGGACAUCCACAGGCAGCACGGUUAGCCGUAUGCGUCGCAUCUAUAAUAACCAUUACAGAAGGUGUGAUAGUGGGCUUAAUCACCAUUUUGGUACGAGACGUUUGGGGCUACUUAUAUAGCAAUGAAGAAGAAGUGGUGAAAUAUGUGGCCAGGAUGAUGCCAAUGCUCGCAAUCUCUAAUUUCAUGGAUGGAGUCCAAUGUGUUCUUUCAGGUGCUGGUAGAGGAUGUGGCUGGCAGAAGAAGUUUGCCUUUGUCAACCUUGGAGCUUACUAUGGUGUGGGAAUUCCUUGUGCUGUUCUCUUUGCCUUUGUCUUCCAUGUUGGAGGAAUGGGGCUUUGGAUGGGAAUCAUAUGUGGGCUUUUUGUACUAGUGCUGUUGCUUCUAACCAUAACUCUAUCCACUGAUUGGAACCAGCAAGCAAUGAAGGCUAGAGAUAGAGUCGACAGCUCUAACAUCCCCAUUCAAAUGGCAUCAUGAAAUGUAGCAUGUUCUAAUACGAACUUCUAUGACAAAUCGGAGCCUAAUCAUGAAGAGUAAAUCACUAUAUUUAGUAAAUCUCAAACUGUAAUUUGAAAGUAUAUAUGCUUAAGUGAAAUACAACACACGGCACAUAAUGCUACAAGAAAAAUCAUAUAUGAUCCAGUAGGACUCUAUACCUUGUACCAUGAAAAUUUUAUGUGCAGGGCCAAAUGAUCCAUCUACAGGGCUGUCAAUGGGUUGGUCAUAUAGUACUUGUGCCUGAGAAAACUGGGUUUGGGUCUUGCUGGGUCCAGGUCUAGUUCUUGAAGAGACCCAGAUCCAAUCAGGUUUGGAGCCGUCAAGUACCUAUUGGGUCUUUAGAUCUAGGUUUUGAGUUGGGUUUGGGACAAAUAAGAGCAUUUGCAUGGUUCAGCCCACGACGAGCACCUCAGCAGUUCUAGCUAAUAAUUUUCAUUUGCCAAUUAAGUAGUUAUAACCAAUUAUCUUA